GCCUGUAACUCCCUCGUCUUCUAGUCAUCUCUUUCGCUCAGCUCUGUGAUUCAGAGCCAAAAUUCAAAAACCCUAAAAUCAAAACCCUUCCACUUUCUCAGACAAUGAACUCUUUCACUCUUUGUGUAUCUUAAACCAGAACAAGCCCUACUAACCCUUGAACUGGUUCUAAAACCCUAGUUUUUGCUUCUUUCUAUCACUGAGUCCUGAAUCAAAUUACGACAAUGACGAAGGUGUACGGCACUGGGGCGUACGAUUUCAAGCGUCACCAUGUUGCCGAGUACCCAGUGGAGUCGCAGCACCAGCUGGCUGAUAAGCCGGUGGAGUCCAAACCCGGUUCGACGCUUCCCAGCUCGAUAACGUUGUCGGAGAUUCAGCAGGACCGGCUCACGCAACUUGCCAUGGAGAAUUGGUCUAAAGCUGGUGAAGCAGCGAAGUCGAAGAAGCCGUUCAACCCGGAGCUGGUGAAGGAGAUUUAUGAGACGGAGUUGUUGGUUAAAGAAGGUCAGAGAAAGCCCGUCCCUUUGCAGAGAGUUAUGAUUUUGGAGGUUAGUCAGUAUUUGGAGAACUAUCUUUGGCCGAAUUUCGAUCCCGAGACUGCGACCUUCGAGCAUGUGAUGUCGAUGAUAAUCAUGAUUAAUGAAAAGUUUCGAGAAAAUGUAGCAGCUUGGGUUUGUUUUUAUGAUCGGAAAGAUGUGUUUCAGGGUUUUCUUCAGAGGGUUCUUCGUCUUAAGGAGGGAAGAGAACUAAGUAUCGCAGAGAAGACAAAUUAUUUGGUCUUCAUGAUUAAUGCAUUUCAGAGUUUGGAAGAUGAGGUUGUCAGUGAGACAAUCCUUAGAUUGGCAAGUUUGCCAACUUGGCACAGUUUGUCCUAUGGUAGAUUUCAGAUGGAGCUUUCUUUGAACACGGAUUUGAUCAAGAAAUGGAAGAGAAUGCUAAAAAGGGAGGCCAAGGAAGUUGCGAAACGAGGAGAGCCUUUUGAUCCCGUAAAUAUGCCUGAAGUGAAGUUUUUGAGAUGUCUCAUUGAGGAAUUUCUUGAGAUACUUGAUUGCAAAGUUUUUCCCUCAGAGCAGAGUAUCAAUGGAGAUACUUAUAAAAUUGGUCAGGUUGGUGAUGCAUGUAUCUUGUACUGCGAGAGAUUUAUGGAAUUUCUAAUUGACCUUUUGAGCCAGCUGCCAACAAGGAGGUACUUGAGGCCUCUUGUUGCUGAUGUUGCUGUUGUUGCAAAAUGCCACUUAAGUGCUCUUUAUAGACAUGAAAAGGGAAAACUCUUUGCACAACUUGUGGAUUUGCUACAGUUUUAUGAAGGCUUUGAGAUUAAUGAUCAUGUUGGAACACAGCUGACUGAUGAUGAGGUGCUUCAGUCUCACUAUGAUCGCCUGCAAUCUUUCCAACUACUUGCUUUUAAAAAGGUUCCCAAGUUAAGGGACCUUGCGCUGGCUAACAUUGGUGCAAUUAACAAGCGUAAUGAUCUCUCCAAGAAAUUGUCUGUACUUUCUUCUGAUGAAUUGAAGGAUUUGGUUUGUCACAAGCUCAAAUUGGUGUCAACAGAUGAUCCUUGGUCCAAUAGGGGUGAUUUUCUCAUUGAAGUCAUGGUUUCCUUUUUUGAGAAGCAACAGUCUCAAAAAGAAGCCAUAAAUGCUCUUCCACUUUACCCUAAUGAACAGAUUAUGUGGGAUGAAAGCGUUGUUCCUAGCAUUAAUUACUCGGGAGAGGGUUGUCUGGCACUUCCAAAACUUAAUUUACAAUUUCUAACACUUCAUGAUUAUCUUUUGAGAAAUUUCAAUCUCUUCCGUCUUGAAUCAACAUAUGAAAUUCGUGAGGAUAUUCAAGAAGCUGUCCCACAUCUUCUGGCCUAUAUUAAUAAUGAAGGAGAAACUGCUUUUCGUGGCUGGUCAAGGAUGGCUGUUCCAAUUAGAGAAUUUAAAAUUGCUGAGGUAAAGCAGCCAAACAUUGGAGAAGUUAAACCAUCUUCUGUAACAGCAGAAGUCACUUUUAGCAUUUCCAGUUAUAAAGCACAGAUAAGAUCAGAAUGGAAUUCUCUUAAGGAGCAUGAUGUUCUGUUUCUACUUUCUAUCCGCCCUUCAUUUGAGCCUCUAAGUGCAGAAGAAGCUGCCAAGGCUAGUGUCCCACAAAGACUUGGCCUUCAAUAUGUACGGGGGUGUGAAGUUAUUGAGAUGCGUGAUGAGGAGGGAACUUUAAUGAAUGAUUUUACUGGAAAAAUUAAACGGGAUGAAUGGAAGCCUCCAAAAGGGGAACUGAGAACUGUAACUGUAGCAUUAGAUACAGCACAAUACCACAUGGAUGUAAGCAAUAUCGCUGAGAAAGGUGAAGAAGAUGUUUAUGGGACUUUUAAUAUAUUGAUGAGGAGGAAGCCUAAGGAGAACAACUUCAAAGCUAUUUUAGAAUCUAUAAGGGAUCUUAUGAAUGAGUAUUGCAUCGUUCCUGACUGGUUGCACAAUAUAUUUCUGGGUUACGGGAAUCCUUCUGCAGCACAAUGGACUAAUAUGCCUGAUCUUUUGAAAACAGUGGAUUUCAAAGAUACUUUUCUUGAUGCAGAGCAUUUGAAGGAAAGUUUUCCAGAUUAUCAGGUUUGUUAUACGAAUUCAGAUGGUACAGAAAAUUUGGAUCCUAGACCUCCUUUCAGAAUUACUCUUCCCAAGAUGUUGAAAAGCAGCACUCAUGCUCUUCCAGGGAAUAAGAAGUCUACAGCUGAUUCAAAGAAUGAUGUUUCCAUGGUAAAUGCUGAUAGUGAGAAAGAGAAACUUUUUGUUGAGGCAUACACCCCUCCUGACCGUGGUCCUUAUCCCCAAGAUCAACCGAGACUGAACUCAGUUAGAUUUACCCCCAUACAGAUUGGAGCAAUCAUCUCAGGAGUUCAGCCAGGACUAACGAUGGUUGUGGGUCCACCUGGUACAGGAAAGACUGAUACUGCUGUGCAGAUCCUGAAUGUUCUAUAUCAUAAUUGUCCUACUCAGAGAACAUUGAUAAUUACUCAUUCCAACCAGGCCCUUAAUGACCUUUUUGAGAAGAUAAUGCAGAGGGAUGUGCCUGCUCGCUAUCUUCUUCGACUUGGUCAAGGAGAACAAGAGCUUGCAACUGAUCUUGAUUUCAGCCGACAAGGUCGUGUGAAUGCAAUGCUUGUAAGGCGGCUAGAAUUACUCGGUGAAGUGGAGAGGCUGGCAAGAUCUCUCCAACUCCCCGAGGAUGUUGGUUAUACCUGUGAAACAGCUGGGUACUUUUGGCUGCUUCAUGUGUACUCCCGCUGGGAGCAAUUUCUGGCCGCUUGUGCUGAGAAUGAAAAUAAACCAUCGUUUGUUAAGGAUCGCUUUCCAUUCAAGGAGUUCUUUUCCAACACAGCUCAUCCAGUCUUUACUGGGGAGUCAUUUGAUAAAGACAUGUGGGCUGCUAAAGGAUGCUUUAGUCAUCUCAAGACUAUGUUCCAAGAACUUGAAGAGUGUAGGGCAUUUGAAUUACUCAAAUCAACAGCUGAUCGAGCAAAUUAUUUGAUGACAAAGCAGGCCAAGAUUGUUGCCAUGACUUGCACUCAUGCAGCUUUAAAGAGGAAAGACUUUCUUCAGUUGGGCUUCAAGUAUGACAACUUGCUUAUGGAAGAAAGUGCCCAGAUUUUGGAGAUUGAAACAUUCAUUCCAAUGUUGCUCCAGAGGCAGGAAGAUGGUUAUGCACGGCUUAAACGAUGCAUUCUGAUCGGUGACCAUCAUCAAUUGCCUCCUGUUGUUAAGAACAUGGCUUUCCAGAAGUAUAGCCACAUGGAUCAAAGUCUCUUUACAAGAUUUGUUCGUCUUGGUAUUCCUUAUAUUGAACUUAAUGCCCAGGGUAGAGCUCGGCCGAGCAUUGCAGAACUUUACAACUGGAGGUACAGAGAUUUGGGAGACCUUUCAUUUGUUAAAGAGGGUGCAAUAUUUCAGAGAGCAAAUGCUGGGUUCUCAUACGACUAUCAAUUGAUAGAUGUCCCAGACUAUCACGGUAAGGGUGAGACUGCCCCUUCACCUUGGUUCUACCAAAAUGAAGGAGAGGCUGAGUAUAUUGUCAGUGUUUAUAUAUACAUGCGCUUACUAGGGUAUCCUGCAAAUAAAAUUUCUAUUUUGACAACAUACAAUGGACAGAAGCUCUUGCUUCGUGAUGUUAUAAAUCGACGUUGUGUUCCAUAUGACUUCAUCGGUCCUCCUAGCAAGGUUACAACAGUUGAUAAGUUUCAAGGUCAGCAGAAUGAUUUUAUAUUGCUCUCACUCGUGCGUACUCGGUUUGUUGGUCACCUUCGUGAUGUUAGAAGAUUGGUUGUUGCCAUGUCUCGUGCUCGACUUGGCCUGUAUGUGUUUUGUCGCCGCUCUUUGUUUGAGCAGUGCUAUGAACUUCAACCCACAUUUCAACUUCUACUUCAGAGGCCUGACCGCCUUGGGCUUAAUUUAAGCGAGAUUUCAUCAUACACAGAACGCCAUGUAGAAGACACUGGUCCCACACAUUUUGUCAGUAGUGUCGAUGAGAUGGUUACCAUCUACCAGCAGCUUUAUCAGGCAAAGUUCACACCUUAUCCGGGACAAGCAGCUCUAACAACAGGGGUGUUUGAGGAGCAGAAUAACCAUCAAAAUGCAACAUCCUGGCCCAAUGGCAUGGAAGUUGAAGCGCCAACUGCCGAAAAUGGUGCAGCAGAAAAUAAUCCAACAGAUGAAAGCAUGUCCGAAGCAGCUGAAGCACCAAACUCUGAAAAGGGUGCACCUGAAAAUGUACCAGAUGAAAGCAACAUGAAAGAAGACUCUGAAAAUGGUGCACCUGAAAAUGUACCAGAUGAAAGCAACAUGAAAGAAGACUCUGAAAAUAGUGCACCUGAAAAUGUACCAGAUGAAAGCAACAUGAAAGAAGACUCUGAAAAUGGUGCACCUGAAAAUGUACCAGAUGAAAGCAACAUGAAAGAAGACUCUGAAAAUGGUGCACCUGAAAAUGUACCAGAUGAAAGCAACAUGAAAGAAGACGCAAAAUCAAAUGGUCCGAAUGAGGAUUUACCGCCCGAGAGCCAUUUGAAUGGGGAGAUGGAUGAUAAUCCUGAAAGUGAUUCUCACGGAGCCAACACGGAAGAAUAGAUUGGUUUUUGGUGAUUUGCCGACAGACAUUUCGUUUUUCCCAAACUGCCAUUCAUCAGGAUUGGGAACUGUAGCCUCGAGCCCACUCCAUACCAACCAGACAGUGCAAUUGAUAUGAUUACAACCGAAAUUAAGCUCCUAAAGUUCAAAACUCAUAAAAUGGUACAGGUACACAAAUGAUUACUUGCUGUUUAGGUUGGAAAGCAAGAAUGGUGAGGACUCAAAAUCUUCUAAGCAGGCAUUACUUUGUUCCUAACUUACAAUUCUCUUCUUUGAAAAGAAUAUGAUAGAUAUAGGUGUGAAAACAAUUUACGAUUCUCUAUGCAGGCCAGAGCUUUUUUGUUAUGCUAUAGGGUGCUAAUAGUUACCUACCUUUGUUGUACUCGAAAUUAAAAAAAUCGAGCGUUCCAAGUUGGUUAUGAAUAAUACUAGUCGACCACAAGAGGUUCUUGCCAAUGUGUUUGUUGGACAUCUCUGUAAGUAGAAAGAACUAAAAAAAAUGUGGAAUAUUCCUUCACAUAUCCUUUUUUGUAGCCCAGUCUCUUAUCUUAACUUUUUAUAGCUAAUUAUGUACUAUUCAAUUCAUAAAAGUUUUGCUAGAACAGACGGUUAUUUCUCUCAGAACUUUUCAAGUAUGUAAUGUGUUUGUGACUGAUGAAGCAUCAUCAUUCAUUUCCUAGCAAAUUCAAGAUCAAUAUUUUUGUUGUAUAAAA